GCAGCGUGCCGAAGAAGCCCCGCGAGGUAGCACACGGACCGCCUCCAAUCAGAUUAUUCAGUUUAAUUAGUUGCGUCACCAAAUUAGUUUUACUGCUGCAGUGUAUUUCUGAUUGCAGCUCUGACACUGAAUUUUUUUUUUUUUAUUAUUGUUUAUUUAUUUGGGACCAAUUUGCUGGCCCAGAGGUUAUUUCACUUUUCUGACCUCUGACAGCUUUGUUUUUCUCUGAGUUUCAACAAUGGCUGAUGAUGAUUAUGGCCCCUCACCUUUGGCCCCUAAGGCGGAGACCAAGCCCAAAUGCAAGAUCUCAGCCUCCCGCAAGCUUUCAUUGAAGAUCCUCCUGCUGAGUCGUGCGAUGGAAGAACUGGAGGCAGAAAAGGUCGCGAGAGAUGAGGAGAAAGUUCGCUACCUGGGAGACAAACUUCCACCCCUGCAGUUUUCUGGCUUAAACACGGACGAGCUGCAGAAACUCUGUAAGCAGCUCCAUAGCAAGAUCGAAGUUGUGGAUGAGGAGCGGUACGACUGCGAGGCCAAAGUCAACAAGAACGGCAGAGAGAUCCACGAGUUGAACCUGAAGGUGCAGGACCUUGGAGGGAAGUUCAAGAAGCCAGCACUGAGGAAGGUGAGGGUGUCUGCAGAUGAGAUGAUGAGGGCGCUCUUGGGCUCCAAACACAAGGGCACCGUGGACCUCAGGGCCAACCUCAAAUCUGUGAAGAAGGAGGAAAUCAAACAAGAGAAGGAGCUGAACAUGGAGGUGGGUGACUGGCGUAAGAACGUGGAGGCCAUGUCGGGUAUGGAGGGCAGGAAGAAGAUGUUCGAUGCCGCUGGUGGUGGCCAGUAGAAAAGAUGCUUUGCUGUCUGCCACUGCACAUUUUUGUCCAUUAAACGUAUUUCUGCAUGCGCAUGAAUAGCCAUCUCAGUCAAGCCACUGCAGUUUUUAAUGUUGUCUCAAGUAGUCUUUUUUUAAUAAAACAAAAAUAGUGGUGCAAAUAUAUAUUAGUCUUGUGUUGCUGUCAUGUAUAAUGGCUUUGAUCAUUUUAACUUAUGUCAAGCGUCUUUGAGUACCCUGUAAAGUGCUCUAUAAAUAAAAUGCAUUAUUAUUUGAUA